UGACGAUUUGACGUGGCUCCUAAAUAUCUUUCCCACUCGCUUCACCCUUCCUUUGCCAGCCUCAAAAAACACACUCAUCUGCCUGAUGUCCUGAUCAACCCCCUCACUCUUGAUCUCAUGGCUGUCCUCAGCCGCAUCUCCGUCACUUCCCCCUCCCUCCGCCAUCUCCUCCACCUCUCUCCGCCUCUCUUCCAACUUGCCACAAUUCGAACCUACCGCAUCACCGCCGCAGCAACAGCAGCUCAGCUGCAAUUCGACUACGACGACGAUUUCGGAAGAACUCCUCCGUCUCCGACACCUGCAACGGCAGUGGAUACGGAUGUUUCUAGGCCUUUCAGAGGUGUACAUUGGGUUUUCAUUGGGAAUCCUCACGCUAAGAAGCAUAUCUAUGCCGAUAUGAUUGCGAAGCUUCUUCAAGUUCCUCGUAUCUCCAUUUCUACUCUUCUUCGUCAAGAUCUUAACCCUCAUUCUCCUCUCUACAAGCAGAUUGCUGAGGCAGUUAACUGUGGGAAGCUUGUUCCUGAGAGCGUAAUUUUUGGCUUGCUGUUAAAAAGACUCGAAGAUGGACAUGACAGAGGUGAAGAUGGGUUUAUUUUGGAUUGUGUUCCUCGAACACGCCUUCAGGCUGAGAUCCUCGACCAGCUGGUUGACAUUGACCUAGUUGUGAAUUUUAGAUGCUCUGAAAACCAUUUCCAGGCAACUGGUUCUCCUGCUACAUCUCUUGACAGAACCAAAUCCAGUUUUUCAAAGCUUAACAAGACUGCUGAAGAUUCUCAGACAAAGGUCUCUGCAUUUUACAGAGAGCAGAUGCAAUAUCUGGAGGACUACUACCAGAGCCAGAAGAAGCUUAUAGACUUUCAAGUGGGAAAUGCAUCAGGAGAAACGUGGAAAGGACUCCUAGCUGCACUGCAUCUCCAGCAUACCAAUGCUGUUCAUUCUUCUCGGACACUAACAAUGGGUUUCAGGGUACCUUAAGUAAUUGAGACUUUUAGUUAUGCUGCAACUUUUGUAAAUGAUGAGUAUAUACUAUAUAGCCUGUCUGUAGCUUCUAUUUCAAAGCUAAGAAGCGUCGCAGAUCUAAUCAUGAAUCAUCUAACUGA